ACGAGCAUGAGGACCCGAGGGUUGCUCGCCGCGGCGCGAUCGCUGGCCACGGCGACGCGGAGACACGCCGUCGAGCGUGGGUCGAGGACCGAGUCUUGGCGUCCGUGGGUGACGGCGCCCCCGACCGACGUGCACCGCGUCGAUUCGUGGAACCGCGCGGGGAUCGCCACGAGCGCCGGCGCGCGCGAGGCGGCGGCGCGCGCGGCGGCCGAGGCUGGCGUCGAGGAUCCGGACGGGAAGAGCGACGGCAUCACCCUCACCGACGCGUGCGUGCGCAGGCUUCGCGAGCUCGCCGCCGAGGACCCCGCCGCGUCCAUCCUGCGCGUCGCCGUGGACGGCGGCGGGUGCAGCGGGUACCAGUACACCUUCUCGCUGGACACGACGCCGGCGCCGAGGGACAGGGUGUUCGACGUCGGCGGGGCGAGGGUGGUGGUGGACGAGAUCUCGUUCGAGUUUGUCAAGGGCUCCACGGUGGAUUACGUGGAGGAGAUGAUCCGGUCGUCGUUCGCCAUCGCGGACAACCCCAACGCGGAGGGCGGAUGCGGCUGCGGGUCAUCCUUCGUGGCCAAGUAACGUAGUUCUUUGUGGCCCGAGUGACUAACAUCUUAGUGCUUUGUGAUAGUCCUACUCCUCCUCCCUGUC